UAAACAAAACAAGAAACGAACUAUGACGAGGGGCUGGAAGCGGAUAAUCCAGCGCGAACUAACUCUAACCAUGGACCGUGACUAUGAUACGCGCUAAACUAACUCAAAAGUAUUACUCUUCCGCGUUGUGUGCUGGGACACGCGCGGUAUAUAUGCGGACAUGAUCAGCGUCUAAACCGCUAGCAGCUGAGAGCAAUUCAGACCCACGUGAAAUCCCAGCCAAUGACAGAACAGGGAGGAGACAUGACAGAAACAUAAACAAAACACACGUGUCCAGAUGUCAUUACAGUCAACAACGGAAAAGCAGGUGCUCGCGCAUUCGCGCUUAGAGCACGCUGCUUCAAGGGGGAAUCGUGACACAGGGUAUUUCUAUAUUUCUAUUUAUAUAUCAUGGUACAAAAUACAAUCAAUUAAUCAAUCAACCAAAAUUUUAUAGCUAACAAGCUUAACAGACAGGUUCUGUGGCUAAAAGUAUUCAUGUACCUUGCCAUCCCCUAGUAAUCGAAUAAUCCUCCUAAUAAUGUAAAUUUCUGUUGUCAUGGAAAAUUUGAGUUUUUCACUUUGAAAAAAAAAAUUAAUGGUUUAACUAUUUAAAAAAUUAAAUUUUUGAGAGUAGGUCUUUUCUUUAAAAGACCACAGUCACUUGCGUGUCUAAUAAGAGCUAAAACAGCACACUCUGAUGCACUUUUCCACUUGUGUGGAUCCUGUGAAGUCAUUUUUAUCCGAAGGGAAGUGAACUGUUAAACUUGCCAUCACUGAAAGAUGUAAUGCCAAUGUGUCAAACAGUGUGUUCUCUCUCCUGGCUCAUUGAACUGAGCCAUCUGACUUGCCUAGCAGCCAUCUUUGCUCCCAACCAAACCAAUGCCUACUAAGCACUGAAGCGGGAUUUGUUAAUAGUGCUGUCUCCACAUUGUUGUGCCAUCUGUUUCAAGACAAGUUGUCAAGGCGAAAUGGUCUGUUUAAUUACAGUGAUUACACUUUUACACACACUCUCUCUCACACAUGUCUCAGACCAGGAAAAAUUAUGGCUUGUCUCCUCUGGCCAGCUUUUAGUAAACUACAUUCUGCUCAUAACAUUUUUAUAUUGUCAUUAGAAGCUAGCUGAAGGUAUCUGAAAUCUUUCUGGAAUGCUGCAGCACUUGUUGGAUUUUAAUGUCUGGUUUAAAACCUUGCUGAGGGCAGCUGAUAAAAUUUAUUGGCCAAAGGAUGACAGCACAAUCAAGAAGAAACAAGCGCAUUUAGACAACCAAAUACAUUCUUGAUUUUAGAUUAUAACAGCUUUAAAAAUUGUAUGCACUCAGAUUGAAAACCAAGAGACUGAAGCAAAUGUAAAGCUAAAAUAUCACCUUGGGAAAAACUAUAUUUAUUCCAGUAUGUGUUUAAACUAAAAUUACAUAACACUAUAGCUAAAAUGGAACUGUUAAAAGGAUCACAAUACCCAGGGCUGUAUAGUAAUGUUGUUACACAUGAAAGGAUAAACUCAUCCUGUGCUACAUGCAUGGUGUACAUCUCCACCCAAAUAUGUCAAGUGUACAACACCCACACUGCUUCUAUAGAGCUACAGAAUUACAGCUCUUUAUUAUUAUUUAAAAAAAAUGGGAACUGCAACCAGCUUUAAAGUGCCCCAUUAUGCUUUUCAAAUAUUACCUUUCAUGUAGUGUGUUAUAGAGCUGUUUGUGAAUGUAAAAAUUCUACAAAAUUUUUAAAAAAUCAAAGUGCACGACAAAUGGAGUUAUUGUCUCCCAAAAGAAAGAACCGAUUCAGAACAGCUGAAAUGAGUCGUCAGUAAUUCCAGACUUACUUCCUGCACAAACCUACAUAACUUUGUAACAAAAAAACAACCUCAGAUCUUCAUUGGCUGCUUGCAAAAAAAUGUGUAUUUUGACCCGCCCUCAAACACUACAGUUGUAGUUGCGUUCUGAAAGCGUUAGGUUCAUGUCUAGAAGAUGUUGUUUUCUGUUCUGCAAAACCAAAACCACGUUUCAUGGACUUCUAAAGGAUGAGGAUGUAAAGCAUCAGUGAUUAAAAUUCAUUUUAAAACAUACCACAGCAGUUCAACUCUGACCUUCAUUUGUGUUCCUGUCAUUUCACUGACGACUGCUUUUCAAAUCUAGCUGAAGUCAAUGUGGGAUUUGCAAAAUGAUUAUUCAUAAAGGUUGGAGCCGUACUCACUUUAUUUGGACAAUCUUGUGCCUGUGGAUCACAACCUGUAAGUAUGAUUAGUUCAUUAUGUGUGUAUUUUCUACCGAGUGUUCCAAAUGCGUAGUUUUGUGUUGUUUACAUGUACAGCCAGUACACAGCUGUUAGCCUGUUAGCUGUUAGCCUCUGCUAACUGGCUAACUCACAUUAUUGCCAAACCACAUAUAAAUGUACCAUUGAAAAAUGUCCUGUUCUUGUCGUGCUUGUGAUGGUGGUUCAGGUUGAUCUUCCAAUGUAUCACUAUCAGACUCAAGCUAAAAUUGAUAAGAUAAAAGACAUUACUGAGCUGAAAUUCAGUAGCCCAAUCACAACAGACUGGGACAUUUGACCAGUCAGAGCAGAGUAGGCUCUCUGAAAGGAGUUUAGAGUGAAUGGAUCCUUAAGCGAAUCGUUUGUGACACUGAGAAAAAUAGGUAAGGCUGCAAUGUAAAUUAUAAGAAAAUUAAAGUGUUUUUUGUUUGUUUUGUUUUUUUACCUUGUAUACAUGUAAACCUAUUGUAUGAGACCUCUAAAACAAAAUUAUGCACUUUAAUAUAGCAUAAUAGGGGUACUUUAAGUGAGGCCCAUUAGGGUUAGGAACAAUGACUGUAUAUAUGAGUGAACACCAUGGCACCAUUGGUUUUGAUGCCUUUUUUAUUCAAAUGGGAGUUGCCAUCUUGCAAAAAUUGGAGUCUGUGCAGUAGAGACCUUGGAGGCACAGUAGAAGUAUAAGUAUAGUGCACUAUAUAGCCAAAGGUUUGUGGACACGUUAUCAUCACAGCCAUAUGUGGGCCUUCCCCAAACUGUUGCCACAAAUUUGGAAGAUAUUUUGUAUAAAAUGUUUUACUUCCCUUCACUGGAACUAUCUGGCCUAGCCCAGACAUGUUUCAGUAUGACAAUGCCCCUCUGCACACACUGAGGUCCAUAUACACAUAGUGUGCCAAAUUUGGUGUGGAAGAACUCAAGUGGUCUGCACAAACUUGGCCUGCACAUUGUUCAUUGUUCAUUGUUCAUUGAUGUCUGACAGCAUUUAUUUAUGCAUAGCUCUCUUAAGAUCCAGCUACAGCAUCUCAAAGGGGUUGAGGCCUGGAUUUGGCAUAGCCAUUCCAACACUCUGAUUUAUUUAUUUAUUAUUAUUUAGCAAUUUAGAUGUUGAUUUGCUGGUGUGAUUGGGGUAAUGGUCCUGCUGAAUGACCCAAUUUUGGCCCAGCUUAAACUGCUGUACAGAUUGCCUCACGUUUGUCUCAAGAAUAAGAAUACUGGUAUAAAGUAGAAUUCAUUGUUGUCUCAAUGACUGCAAGUUUCCUAGGUCAAAAGCCACCAUGCUUGCUAGUUGGUAUGGGGUGUUUGUGGUGAUACACAGUGUUUGGCUUUCACCAAACAUGACGCUGUGCAUGAUGACCAAUCAUCUCCACCUGUUUAUAAAAUACAGUUAAUUAUCUAAAACCACUCAAAACAAACUGCUAGAAUGUACGCUGGAUAAAUGUAUGUUGUAUGCUGUCUGUGACUGUAUGUUGUCGAUUCUCAAUCGCCAGUUAUGAGGUUAUUCAUUUUGAAUGCCUUCCUGCCCCACCAAAAUCUAUGGUCAUGCGAUACAGUUAAAUAAAUAAAAUAAAUUUAACUAAAUAAAUAAAUAAUACAAUAUAUUGGAUAAAAUAAAGAGGUCAUAUAAAAAGAGUUUGAUGAAUAAUUUUCAGUUCAUGCCUUUCCAAAUUAUGUACAGUUUUAUAUCAAUCUUGACACAGGAGAAGUGUUUUUUGACUUUGCAUCUGUUUUUCAGGCUUUACACUUCAGUUCUGUCUUGAUGAUGAAGUAAUUGGGCAGUUUUCCAUAUCACAGCCUGAUUCUCAUGCGUAACUGUGGUUUUUCACGAUUGUGUGAUCCAGGAACAGGAAAACUGAAGGUGGGAGAAAAGUGUAUAUUGUCGGGCCAUUAUUGAGAAAUGACUGCCACAGGGCCUAGACGGGGGAGGUUCCUAACUCAGGACGGAGAAAGUAGGCGGCUGCGGCAUCCACAGGGACACAAUGGAGCCCGCGUGAAAGAGAUACAAAACGAUGCAGGAGUAAGUGAAAUUUUGUCCUGGUUAAAACGGGGGGCUCAAAAAGACGGUGCGGGGAUAUGGCGCAGUGUGGAAGGGUUGUGUAUAGCCCCAGUCAGCCUCCUCCCAUGCUUGAUCAAAGACGCCCAUGGCGUGGAUCAUGUCAAUAAGACUGAAAUGAUCCGGAAAAUCCGUCAGGAAUGGUGGUCCCCUCAGCUGGCCUCACAAGUGGACCAAAUGGUAAAUGUAUGUGCUGUGUGCAUCAACCACAACGUGCGAAAGAACCUCACCACCCCCUUAGGACAUAUUCCCCCGCCGACGGGACCGUUUCGGCAUCUAAUGAUGACUCAUAUAGACAUGGGAGCGGAGUUACAGGUGGAUGGGAAACGCUUCCUUCUGGUAAUAGUGGACCGCUUCAGCCGGUGGGUGGAGGCGACUGCUACUUCUGGGGAAGAUGUGGAGUCCGCCGCUAAAUUUUUAUGUUGUGAGGUCAUACCUCGAUUCGGUAUCCCUGAUUUUUUGAGUUCAGACAAUGGCAUACACUUCAUAAGUAACGUCCUUAAGAAUGUUACAUCGGCCUUGAAGAUUGAUCAUAAGCUAGGAUGUGUAUAUCUUCCUGAGUCCCAAAGCGCGAUGGAUCCAGGGUACCGCACCCUAACUAAUAAAUUGGCAAAAAUAUGCGAUGAAUCACACCUAAACUGGGUCCAAGCCUUACCACUGGCAUUGAUGAAGAUACGAUCACAAAUCAAUCGUAUGACGCACUUGACUCCUCAUGAAAUGCUCACUGGGCGCCCAAUGCCUAUGGCGUACACCAAAGGUCCAUACAUAGAGCCGUCUGAGGCUCAAUUGGAGGGCGAAAUGCAGGAUUAUAUGCGAAUCCUCACUCGAAUUCACAGACAGUUAUAUUCACAGGUUAGAGAAGCAAUCCAUGGUGGGGACGGGGUAAGGGAGGAUGUACGUUUAGUGGCACCCGGGGAUAAAAUACACAUUCGUAUGUUUAAGAGGAAAAGCCUCCUCGGGGCACGUCGGGAAGGACCCUUCACUGUGGUCGCUGCAACAGCCUCGGCUGUGAGAGUUGAAGAGAGAGAUCAUUGGUACCACCUGAACCAGUGCGUCUGGGCCGGAGCAGGUACGGGACGGGGAGGACCAACAACCCCGGGCCCUGCCACUACAGGGCAGCCCAUGGAGGCGGAGGUGUUAACCGACAGCGACUCGGAUACCUCAUUUAUGGGUCCGGCCUACGGCACUCGAGCCCAGGCUAAACGACGGGCUGUUGACAGGUUGGAUAGACCGGCCCAGUCGGAUGCCGGUAGCUCAACAGGCUCUUCGUUCCUCUCCUCUCCAUACGAUGAUAUUGACCCUGUUACCUCCCCCCGAGCUGAAGCGGGAGACGUAGCUGCCGUCCCGCUGGUAACCCCACCAGAGGCAGAAUUGUUAUCAACACUCGCCACUCUCUGGCAAUCUGAUAACCUUGAUGACCCCAUGCCUAUGAGCACUAUUGAUUUGGGUAUACUGCAGGACCUUGAGGUACAGUUAAGAACACCCCCCGUCCCCGUGCCCCCUGAGCUCCGGUCUCCGUAGGGAUCUUUACACACUCCCCUACCAUUGGGUCGAGAGAACACUGGUUCAGUAGAGUAGCUGGGGUGGGGGCGCCUUAUACCACAGGGCUAAAGAGUUCCUGUUUAGACCAGAGGGUGAUGUUCGGAAGAACACACCGUCAUUGUAUAAUUUACUGAUCAUAAUCUAGACUGCGUACAGUCCUAUAUAUAGAUUGUGACGGGUCAAUAGCUUGCGUACCUUUAACGGUAAUUGGAAGUCAGUAUGAUUCCAUGUUUGUAAACUGAAUGAGAACGUUAUCUAAACCACCGAGCGCGCGAGAGAGGGAGAGAGCGCGUGCGAGAGAUUUCUGUUUUUACCCCUUUUUUCCAAUCCUUUAUCUUACGCUCUACAUUAAAAUCGAAGUGAUUCAAUAUGUAUAUAUACGUGGAUAUAUUCCUGAAAAAAAUUAAAAUCAAUCAGUAUGUCUUGAUGUUAUCAGUUCGGAGAGAACUUUAAUAAUAGUUUAUGUGGUGUGCAUUGUGCCACUUAGUUUCUUCUGCAGAGGCAUCUUUUCCUGACUAAUGAUAAAAUUGACAUGUGAACCUGUUCGUUUUGAGUGAUAUUAAUAAAAAACCCUGAAAAGUAAAACCGACCCGAGGUAACAGUCUCUGGCUGAUCAAAAUGUGGUCCGUAUCAGGCUAGGUCACGUCCUCCCUGUUGAGAUAAUGUUGAGCCUAAACAUUUGGUUUCAGCGAGCAGUCUACCUUCAUGAACUGACUCGCUAACAAGAACUGGAGUAACCAUAAUUAAUUUGUAUCGGUGAUUCCUAUAUGGGUACGUGUCUAUACAAUAUCUUAAGCAGUGUAAGUGCGAAUUCUUCUGGCGAAUUCUAUUCUCUGAAUAAUUUCUGCAUGUUUUCUCUUUAAAUGCUGUGUAUAUGUCCAAUGAUAAGUAAUUAGUAAGAUCAGAUGGCAGUAGUAGUCUGCACAUUUUUAAUUCUGUAUAAUGUGUUGUACGCCUGUUACAGAUGUGAUAUCUGAAUCAGUAACAUUAGAAUAAGGUGAUGAUUUGAUUACUUACUUUUGCCGACAUGUUGUGCUGAUAUGAGUUUGGGAGGUAGUUUAAUUACGGUCCCUUUACAAUAGUGUAGUUUGAAGUGUUUUUUCCUGAACCGUAGAUUGGUAAAUAGAGUAGUUAUGCAAAUAUAUAUAUGUGUGGGUGUGUAUAUGUAUACACAUAUGUGCUAUAUGGUGUGCUAUGGAUAUGUCAUACAAAGUAUACGAGUUACAAUACUUAAUAAUACAAAGCAGUGGUCACAAACUCGAGAACCUGUGAAGUGAAUUGAAUUGAUAAUAUGUUAUACAGCAGCUGAAAACUGAUAAAAACUGAGAGCUGUGAACUGGAUGCAGGUGUGGUAUUUUUAUGUGUGUGUGAUCUGGGAAUUGCGGUCCAUGGCAGCCAGCAUGUUUGUGGGCCGCAGUGAAGGAUGGGGAAUGUGGUUUGUGAUAUGAGUAGAUUUAACACUACCUUAAUAUGGUCAAAUACAGUUUAAAUGAAAUAGAUAAAAUUAUAGGGCGAAUCUUAUGCUUCUUACAAUUGUGCGUUCAGCCAGGGUAACAACUUGGUGGUAAAUUGAAACAAAGUUCACAGAUGAUAAAUUUUAUUUUAGACUAAGUUAAAUACAUAUUCACAUUCCUCCAAAGUGAGCAACAUUUAAAUGUCAUGUAUGAAGGAUCUGAGUGAUAUUUUGAGUACAGUAUUUUGAUACAGUUAUAAAUUAAUAAAAAACAAAAUGCAUGUACAUGCAUGUAUACCAUUUAGACUACAGACUAGUGCUGUACACAUAGAACCAAAUUCACUAGGUUGUUUUGAAUGUAAAUUAGUGGGAUAAAAGUGGUUAGAGGACUGUAAAUGCAUAUCUAGAUCUCAACCUCAUUUACUCUAUUUUAGUUUUAUCUUAUUGGGAUUAUCACUCGUUAGCACAGAUGGAAUAUUAAUAUGUUCGGGUAGUGUACACCACAAAUUUUUAGACUAAAGGAAUUUUGUUUUCCUUUCUCAAUAUCUUUCUGGUGAAUGAAAAACAGGAAGGGAUAAGAAUGUAUCUUUGUCAAUCGGGUUUUAAAAGUAAACAGACUAGAACUAUUUUACAGGGAUAACUAUACAUGAGAGUGGAAAACCCCUUUAAGAGAGGUGUUAUUCGUUUGAUUAGAGCAGUGGAGAUUACUUUAGUAAAUUUUUUAAAUGAUUCGAUAGACCAACAUUAUUUAAUCUCUGCAGCAAUAUUUCCUGAUUCACUGUGUUGGGAGCCUCUUCUAAAUCAACAGACAGGGAAGUGCAGAGAGAACCGUGACAUUGUUUUAAGGCUUUCAAAACAACAGGUGUGCUGAUAUGUUUGUAUGACCUUAGACUUCUUGCAGACUGAUAACAUGAACGAUUUACUGAAAAAGCUUUCUACAAGGGACAUAGGCGAGGAGGCCGUGUUAUUGGAUUGUAAUGACCUAAUAUAGUUGGGUGUCCCUGAUUUAAUGUAAUAAAUAAAUAAGAAAACUGAUUUCCAAAUUUCUAGUAUAACCCCUUUGUCUAAUAAAAGAUUAAAAUGAUACAUUGAAAGAGAUGAAAUAAUAUCAACUGCUAAGUCGUUUAGAAAUACAGACUCCACACAAUCAGGGCCUUGUGAUGUGUUUAUAUCGAACUUGAGUGAUCUGUAAACAUCACAAGUCUUAACACGUUAAAAACUGAACUCCUCAUUUUGAAUUGUUUUUAAUAGCUUCCUGCUUUAUUAAAAUCAGGGUAUAGUAAAUCACGAUAAAUAUUCACUGUUUUAAGGACUAGAUCUGAUGCAUAAAUUGAACAUUUAAUGAUGGGUUUUGCAGUUGUGUGUUCCCAGUUGUCUGUCUCCAGUUUCCGGUACUAUUGUCCUGUAAACAAUAUUUUCGAUCCUCAGAGGGAGGAUGAAAGGACAUGCCCAAUUACCAUUAUUACAGCAAGCUGUGAUAACAAAAGCGAUAAGUUUUGCGAUACAACCAACCCACCCAGUAACCAUUAUUUAUAGUAUGAUGUAUAUAGAAUAUAUAUAUAUAUAUAUAUAUAUGUAUAUAUAUAUAUAAGAUGUCCCAAUUGUAACCUAUAACUGUAAUUCCAUUCCACAUGAUAUUAUUAUGGAUCAGCGCUUUUUCCAAAUGACUGCAUGUGAGAGCUCAAGGCCAUUAUUCCUCUUAACAAUUCCUAGAUUAGUAGGACACCUGGCGCCGCGAGCUGGAAGCGUCUCCUUCGCGGGGCUGUGGGCUCCACUGUGGUGUACUCCUCUGUGGUCAUAGACUCCCUUGCACGCUCCCAAGGCCGUCAGGACAUGAUUGGGGUCAUCCUCCGCCCCAUAAAAGCACAACAAAUGUUCCUGGACGUUAUCAAGUAUGGUCUGCAGUGGAUCACUGAUUGCUCACUAAAGGACAACAUCCUGAGAUCCGGGUGUUCUUUGGACAAGCCUGACAUUGAAUGAACUUAUGCUUUGCACCUGAACUAUGGCUGACAAACAAUAACAAAGACUGUAUCUUACAUGUGACUGAAGGGGUUGGGUGCUGCUGGGGGGGUCCCGGCUCAGGAGAAUGGGGCGCUUACAGGGCUGAAAUUUAUGUAUUGAAAAUAAUGGAUUUGGUGGCACAAGGAUUGCCAGGCUGGAGAUGCUCUCUUAGUGCAGAUCAUUGGGAAAAUUGCUCUCUCACACAUCGAUCUUACGUUUAUCACACCAGGUCAUUUCUAUUUUGAAAGAACAUGAUAUGGGGAUAUGGGGUUAAUCGAUGUGCCACCCGAACUAAAAUUCUUAAACCUGUUAGUGUACCUAACUCACCAACUGUAAGUGUUGUAGUGGUGUCAUUAAUUCUGUGGAGCCAGUCACUGAGAACACUCACGAUUGCCCAGCCGAAAUUUGUAUUUCGUUGAGCUUAAAAGUUUUGGGUCUGAAAUUUCACAAACAUUAUGAACACCCUGUUCUGCCCAAUUGGCUGAAUAGAAGUCUAUCACUAAAGAAUGCAACCUGGUUAAGGGUAGAAUUGUUAAAAAAAAAAAUAUAUAUAUAUAAUAAAAAAUAAAUAAAAAAUAAUAUAAAUACUGA